UUUGUCGUUAGUACCGCCUUGCCGACAUGGUUUGGAAUUAUUUGUAUCCAGCGAUGUAUUCGUAAUUUUGCUGAAGGAAAAUUUAAGCAUUAAAAGCCUCUAAACAAUGAAAAUAUCUGUGUUUCCUUUCCAUCGGGGGUGGGGAUAAAACACAAAGAUUGAGGAGCUAGACCGCACUUGUUGAAAUACAAAGAAUCUUCUCAUACGGUUUUGAUCCUCGUCUCGUGCAUCAAGGCGUAAACAGUCUGGUCAAUGUUCCGUUGCUCAUCACCUCGAACCACGAGCAUUCACAGCUACUUCAAAAAUCUGCCUUUAUUUUGUGAAGACCAUGACUUGAGAUUGUAAGGCUGAUAUGGAAGAGGGAGAGCCCCUUCUUGACGAAAAAAUCGUUGGUACAAAAUGGGAGGUUUUGGUGGAAGAGGUGAGAAGGCUAAGCUACAUAGCCAUGCCCAUGGUGGUUGUGUCGGUGUCGCAGUACCUGUUGCGGGCGGCCUCCAUGAUGAUGCUCGGCCAUCUCGGCGAACUCGCUCUUUCCAGCGCCGCCAUCGCCACUUCUCUUUCCAACGUCACAGGAUUCAGCCUCCUCUCUGGAAUGGCUUGUGCACUCGAGACUCUAUGCGGGCAGGCCUACGGAGCAGGCCAAUAUCGGAAACUCUCCACUUACACUUACGGUGCCACCGUUGGGCUAUUUUUGGCUUGUAUACCAGUAUCCCUUGUAUGGAUCUACACAGAAAAUAUUUUGCUUUUAACUGGCCAAGAUCCCGCCAUCUCCGCUGAAGCUGGCAACUACUCCAUUUGGCUCAUCCCUUCGCUCUUCCCCUACGCCAUUCUUCAGUCUUUGGUUCGCUUUCUGCAGACUCAGAGCUUGAUACUUCCUAUGCUUUUUAGCACCUUAGCCACUCUCCUCAUCCACCUCCCUAUUUCUUGGGCUUUCAUAUUCAAGACUGAUCUCGGAAGUGCCGGAGCAGCACUUUCUAUAGGCGUCUCCUAUUGGUUGAAUGUCAUCUUCCUCGGACUUUAUGUCAACUACUCUCCAAAAUGUGCUAAAACUCGCGCUUCCUUCUCUAAGGAUGUGUUCUGGACUAUGGGGGAGUUCUUUCGGUUUGCCAUCCCCUCUGCUGUCAUGGUCUGUUUGGAGUGGUGGACGUUUGAGAUAGUCAUAUUGCUUGCUGGGCUGUUACCGAAUCCACAGCAAGAGACGUCGGUGCUAUCCAUAUGCCUGACAAUUGAAACCAUACACUUUCUUGUGCCAUAUUCGUUUGGUGCUGCUGCAAGCACGCGUAUCUCUAAUGAGCUAGGAGCUGGGAAGCCACGGGCGGCUCAGCUAGUUGUGUGUGCUGUGUUGCUUCUGUCAGUUGUGGAGUUUGUUAUAUCAGGCAGUGUCAUAUUUUGGUGUCGUAAUGUAUUGGGAUAUGCAUUCAGUAACGAGAAGAGCGUGGUGUGGUAUGUGGCAGACAUGAUUCCUUUGCUUUGCAUCUCUAUCGUGAUGGAGGGCCCACAAGCAGUCCUCUCAGGAGUGGCUAGAGGCAGCGGAUGGCAGCACAUAGGGGCGUACGUGAACCUUGGGGCGUAUUAUGUGGUGGGGAUUCCAGUAGCAUUGCUACUUGGGUUUGUGGUGCAUUUGAAUGGAAAGGGGCUGUGGUGCGGAUUGAUAGGAGGUGCUACUACACAAUCUAUCUUGCUCGGGAUCAUCACAUUCCGCAUUGAUUGGAACAAGCAGGCAAUUCAAGCAAGAAACAGAAUAUUCCAUGAAAAUGUCAUCACUCACGUCACCUGAUUUUGUUUUCUCUGGGAAUUCGGUUUUGGUGUAACAUGACUUGUUCUUUUGUGCCAAUAAUUGAUUAAUUUCCGAUCCAAAA